UCAGAUUCCUCGACCCCUGCACUGAUCCCUCAGACCUAAUUAUCUCUCCCACGGGUUCAUCCCCGGUUAUCCCAGCGGCGGAGAGAUCAACAGGCGGCGAGAUGGAUACAGGCGCAACGGCCGAGGCGAAGCGGUGGCUGGACAUCGCUGAGAGGCUCCUCGAGGUGCGGGACCUUUCGGCUAGCAAGCGGUUUGCAGAGCGGGCGAUGGAGGCGGAUCCCCUUCUCGACGGCGUCGACCAGAUCUUGGCUGUCGCCGACGUCCUCCUCGCCUCCCAGCGUCGCGUCAACAACCACGUCGACUGGUACGCCGUCCUUCAGCUCCAGCCCCCCUCAUCUUCCUCCCCCUCCCCUAACGCCGACACGACUGCCGUCAAGCGUCAGUUCCGCCGGCUCGCUCUCCUCCUCCACCCGGGCCGAAAUAGCGCACAUGGAGCUGACACCGCCUUUCGUCUUGUGUCCGAUGCCUUCGCGGUUCUCUCGGAUCCCUCGAAGAAGGCCCUUUUCGAUGCCGAGCUCCACAUAGCCAACUCCGCCGCUGAGGUAUCAGCCUCUCCUAAGCCUAAUUUCUAUUUCACCUCCACCCCUGCCUCCAAAGAUCCAUUUUGGACCGCCUGCCCCUCCUGCUGCUACGUGCAUCAGUACUCUAGGGAGUACCUGAACCAGACCCUCCGAUGUCCUAAUUGCAGCCGGGCGUUCGAAGCCAUCAAGCUCUCAGCCGCUCCUCCCGUCGUUCCAGGCACCGACAUGUACUACUGCUCGUGGGGUUUUUUCCCACUUGGAUUCCCUGGUGCCCCGAAUAUCUUUGCCAAAGAAGAUCUCAAUGCAGAUUGGAACCCGUUCCAACCAUUACAUCCUUCCAAUCAUCAACAGCAGGGUGUGGCACGAUCCUCAGACCGACAUGUCAAGCCGCAGAAUAAUGGGGGCAAUGAAAACCUGAUGGAGCCAAAGUGGUCGGGGUCGAGUACGAGAACUAAGAAGAUGGCGGUCAAAAAGGUCGGACGCCCAUCAAAGAAGCACCCUUUUGCCAGGGAGAGCAAGGGGGCGAGUAAUGUAACUGUUGACUUGCCAAAGGAUCCUGUGCCAUGGCCAGUCAGUCAGGCAAUGCCUACAAACAUUGGUGGAGUCCAAGGUAGAGAUAUAAAUAUCAAUCAAGAAGUUAAGAUUGGUUCUGUGGAUGGAGUCCCUGCAGUUGAUGAUUAUACCAUUAAUUUCCAUAUAGAUGUUAAUGCUACUGAUGAAAUUCUGGACAACCUUCAGAAUCUUCCCUUUCUAAGGGAUGACGAACUGCAUCUGCGUAUGCCUUAGGGUACUAGUUUUCAGUUCAAGGUGGCAAAAAUUACUUGUAGCAUUGUUGUAUUCUGAUUGGGUCAGCAUUGUUGUAUUGGAAGCAUGACCCCUUUUUGUUAGGGAAUAUAACCUUUGUGGAAACAGCACUGUUGUAAUUGUAAUUUGCUUGGUAGCGUUGUUUUGGUUAUCUUUA